AUGAUGUUGGGCACAGCACCAACAACUAUGUGUGUGGAGGGAGAUAAACAUGUGAGUGCAGUGGCAUGCCUGGUCAUGGUAGUAGCAGAGAGUUUCUUCAUGAAGCUCGCGUGGAGUAACCGGGUCCAUCAUAAAGAUAGCGAACCAUAUCUGCCAGCAAAGAAAGACGCCAAAAAUUAUAGGCGCAUCAUCAGCAAAGAAUGUUGGUGA